AAAACACAUUUCGACUGCAACCAUCCAAAACCAAAAUAUUCAAACUUGUCUUUAUUAUUUUCUUUUUCUAUAUCUCUUCCCUUCUUUCUUUAGUUAUUUUUGUUACAUGGGAAGUUCUCAUGAGCGAGUGAAAGAGGCCGUGGUGGUCACCCCAUCCGAGCCAACCCCAACUCGUGUUCUUCCUCUCUCCGCCAUUGACUCCCAGCUCUUCCUCCGCUUCACCAUCGAGUAUCUCUUAAUCUACAAGCCCAGCAGACCAGGCCUCGAACAUGGCCCCACUCUGGCUCGCGUUCUUAAGUCCGCUCUGUCUAAGGCCUUGGUCCCUUACUACCCUCUGGCCGGAAGAGUACGAACCAGGCCCGACGGUUCGGGCCAGCUUGAGGUCGUUUGUCGGGCCCAAGGUGCAGUCUUCAUCGAGGCCAUCUCCGACCGUACCGUCUCCGAUUUCACUAACCGGGCCCCAAGGUACGUGACCCAGUGGCGGAAACUCCUCUCCGUGCACGUGUCGGACGUCCUCAAGGGAGCCCCACCACUCGUUGUCCAGCUCACAUUACUCAGGGACGGCGGAGCCGCUCUCGGCGUUGGCUUCAACCACUGCCUCAUCGACGGAAUCGGUAGCGCCGAAUUUCUCAACUUGUUCGCUGAGUUUGCCAACAGACGAGUCACGCUCGCCGAGUUCAAAUCCAGACCCGAACCCAUAUGGGAUCGACACUUGCUUGACCCAAAACCCAGAAACGGAAUGCCUAGCAGUAGUAGCUUCAUUACUCUCCCUGAGUUCAACUCUGUCCCUGACAUUUCUGGUUUCAUGACAAGGUUCUCUGGUGAGCGACUCACUCCGACCUCGGUAACUUUUGACCGGACAUCUCUCGGGGAGUUGAAGAAUGUGGCACAGUCCACGAGGCAAACUUACUCAACAACAUUCACUUCGUUUGAGGUUCUUUCGGCCCACGUAUGGAGAAGUUGGGCUCGGGCUUUAAACUUACCUCCGAACCAAACGUUGAAGCUUCUUUUCAGUAUAAACGUUCGGGACCGGGUCAGGCCCAACAUGCCAUUAGGGUACUACGGGAACGCGUUCAUAUUGGGCUGCGCGCAGAGCAGCGUGAAGGACCUCGAGGAGAUGGGCCUGUGGUACGCGGCUGGGUUGGUGAAGGCGGCGAAGGAUAGAGUCGGAGACGAGUACGUGAGAGCGGUGGUGGAAUCGGUGAGCGAGGCGAGGGCGUGUCCUGACUCAGUUGGGGUGCUGAUCGUGUCGCAGUGGUCAAGGUUGGGUUUGGAAAAGGUUGACUUUGGGCUAGGAAAGCCAGCCCACGUGGGGCCCAUUUGCUGCGAUAGGUACUGCUUGUUGCUGCCCGUACCUGAUCAGAGGGAGGCAGUGAAGGUGAUGGUUGCGGUCCCCACAAGCGCUGUUGACAAGUACGAAUACCUCAUCAGGAACCAUUACACGUGAGAUUCACCUGAUUAUAGCUCACCCGUUGACUUUUGCUUUCAUUGACCUUUUCUUUUUUAUUUUUAUCUUAUCACAAAAAGGAAAAAGAGCGAGUGAGAGAUUAAAUAAACGGUGCUGCAAAGAGAAUGAAUGGCAAUUGUUAGUACUACAAAGCUUUUCUCCCUUUGUGAGGAAUGAGUGAAUAAUCGCAUCCCUAGUUUUGUUCUUCUCUUCUCACUAUUCUCCUAAUUGUGCCACUUGGACUCCGUUGACUGUUGACUAGUAUUUCUCUUGUAAACUUCUAAUUAUCUUUCUUAAAUUUAAAUAACUCUCUCUAAUUGCAGAUA